AGUACUUGGAAUUUAUCGCUCAAUAAUUAGUUUCAAGUCUCGACAGCCACUUGGUGGGAUUUAACAUUCUUAAUUUGUAGCGUAUGGCAAGGUGAGACUUUACCUUCAACUCCGACAUUAACGGGUGGAGUUCUGCGAAAACGGCUACGUGGUGCCGAGGGGAUUCAUUUUACGCAAAAAAAGAAAAGAAAAUUAAAGAAAAAUAUCUCCAGCUCUAGACCCAUUAUGUCAUCUAACCACAGGGCAGAAAAUAACAACAGAGUUCAACUUGACCACCUUCUGAGCACACUUCUCAUCCACUUGGCACAUGGGUGUAUUAAAAAUCUUUGGUCUUGUGAAUAUAAAAGCAACUUAUUUCCACUGCUUUCAACUCAUCAAAACAUACCAUUUCAGUGUUCCAAAAGAUCUGUGGACUUGGGCAAUAUGAUCAACCCAAAGAAACUCAUGAAAUUUGCAAGAAAGUGGCAGAAAUUGGCUACCAUUGCAAGGAAAAGAAUUUCAUGUCCAAGUGCCAAUGUUGAUGUCAAUACCAAUUGCAGCAGAAGCAGCUACUCGACAUCAGUAGCCGAUAAGGGCCAUUUCGUUGUCUACUCGACGGAUAGAAAACGCUACGUUUUCCCCAUGAAGUAUCUCAACAAUGACAUCUUCAGGGCGCUCCUCGAGUUGUCUGAAGAAGAGUUUGGACUACCGAGCAAUGGACCGAUCAAAUUGCCAUGUGACGCUGUUUCUAUGGACUACGUAGUUUCUUUAAUCCAACGAGGCAUGGCGGAAGGUGUAGAGAGAGCUCUGCUUUUGUCAAUAGCAACUAGUAGAUGGGCAUUGUCUUGCUCUCAACAUCAAGAAAUAACAAGCCAGCAAUUGCUGGUCUGCAGCGUUUAGACCCAUUUCCGUCACAAGCUUUUUGUAUUUAUUUUUUCUUAAAAUGCAUCACAUGUUUUUGUAUAUUCUCCAUAAAUUGUAGUCUGAUGCAUUGGAGAAUAUAUGGAAGAUUGUUUC